GCUGGCUCCCCGGCCGGUCCCCCCGCUGGCGCGCACCAGUGGCCCACGUGUGCGCCGCCCGGGCUGCAUUGCGGCUCCAGCUGCUGCCCCGAGCAACCGAGGGAAGCGAUGCAGAGGCAAAGCAGGUCCAUGGACCCCCGGCACUGCCUACGACUUCCCCGGAGGUGGGGAAGGGGGUGUGUCUGGCUGAGUUUCAUUUUGCUGUGCCUGGCCAUGGUCUACUUGAUCUGCCUGCAGCUGGGGCUCGUGUUGCAUUCAGGGCCCAGCAAGGGCAAGGGCCUCUCCAUUUCCAUGGCGACAGUCUUCCGGGGCAUCCAACCUCCCCACAUGGGAAACAGAACUCUGGAGCUUCUCCCUGCUGGGUCUAAAAGCCGGAACUUUGGCUCUGUGCCACGGGCUCCAUCCUGGGGUUCCUUCCUCUCCAGUGGCAGGAGCUUCUGGCAACGCCUCAUGGAGGUGCUCAUUGGGUCCCAACGUCACCGGAGGUCUUCCCAGUCCAUUCUCCCUGCCCAGCCCCUGCCCUGGCCCGUCUGGCAAAAGGAGCUCUCAUCUCACGUGCUGGGCCCACGUCUCCAGCAGGUCUUCCGAAACUACCAGGCCAUGAACAAGUACCACGUGCCCUCAGAUGUUGGGAUGCGCCGAGGAAUCCGACGCUUGACUGGGAUGGAGCUCUUGUGCCACCUCAAGGCCCGUGUGGAUGUGACGACCCUGGUGGGGGAUGCCGGCCCCUUUGCAUCCCCUGAGUGGAUGGGAGUGCUGCCCCAGAGAAGCUUGGCCGAGGACUUGGGGCCUCUGGAAAGAUGUGCAGUUGUGAGUUCUGCUGGCUCCAUGUUGGGAUCUGGACUGGGCAAGGAGAUUGACUCCCAUGAUGCUGUUCUUCGCUUCAAUGGAGCUCCAACCAUGGGCUACGAGCAUGAUGUGGGCACGAAAACCAUCCUCCGCCUUGUGAACUCCCAGCUGAUGGCCUCCCCUGAGCAGCACUUUCUGGAUAGCCUUCUCUACACCCAGGGAGUCUUAGUCGCCUGGGACCCAGCUCCUUACCCAGGAGACCUGCAGGAGUGGUACGAAGCCCCCGAUUACCCCCUCUUUGGCCCAUUCCGCACUGUGCGCUCUCGCAGACCUUGGCAGCUCUUUCACCUCUUGCACCCGCGGCUGCAGUGGCAGCUCUGGGAAUUGGUGCAGGAAGGAGCAAGCGAACAAGUGCAGAGGAAUCCUCCGUCCUCAGGGCUGCUUGGGACAGUGCUGAUGAUGUCACUUUGUGACAUCGUCCACGUCUACGAAUUCCUGCCGUCACGACGCCAGACUCAUCAGUGCCACUAUUACCAAACCUUCUCAGAUGACGCCUGCACACUUGGUGCCUAUCAUCCACUGCUCUUUGAGAAGGAACUGGUGCGGCGCAUGAACCAGGGUUCUCAGGAAGACCUAGCGCAACGUGGUCGUGUGACGCUGCCAGGAUUCCGGGCUCUGAACUGUACGGAAGAUGAGUAAGGCAACGAAUGGGAAUAACCUGGCGGUAUGUUCAUCAGAAGUAGUAGAAGGAGCUGGGCCGCAGGGUACCCUUCACUGAGGGAAGGAAGUCAUAGCAUGGAUGGACUCAGGGGAGUGGACACAGCUGAAAGGUGCAGGCCUCAGACAAUGCUCCCACACAUGACCUGGGGUCAAGGGACACUAGAAGGAAGAGAGCUUGGGUGAGAUUGUGGACAAGUGCAUGGUGUCAACCUGCUUCUGGUGCUCUCUCCACUUCUACCAAAUCCAGCUUCCGUCUACCAGCAUUAGGAUGCUACUUUUCAUCUUCACAGCUAGAGGAGGACUGAAUCAAAGCUGUUUUGUUAUUUAAUAAAUCUGAUUAAAAAAUCA